AUGGAAAGGACUGUAAAAGCGAAGACGAUUAGAGAAUUGAGGGCGAUAAAGGAUGAAUACGAAAAUGACGGAGGAAAUCAGGGGCUUGAUUAUGUUCAUCUAAACGACCCGCUGCUAUCAGAAGUUGACCCUAAUAGAACAAAUUACUUCGUCAAUCGAAACAGUCUUAAUCCCCCUCUCGGCGAAGUCGACAGAAAAACGCGCCGCAAAAUCGCCAGAAUCAAGUUUUCUCAAUUGAUUUUUCAAGCUACUGUUGGAGUUUUCUUCGCGACGUUUGGUCUUUAUUCAGUUUUCUUCAGUGGAUAUGAUUGUGCGUUAGAAGCAAAUACUGUUGCUGAAGAUCCAACGUAUGCUGGAUCGAUGAUAAGCAACAUGAAGUGGAAAAACGCGAUGGAAACAAUGCCAGCUUAUGCGCAAUUGGUCGUCGGUCCCGCGGGGAGUGGAAAAAGCACUUACUGUCACAUGAUGCAGCAGCACUUUCAAGUUUUGGGCCGUUCGUGCAGAGUUGUGAAUUUGGAUCCCGCGGCAGAGCAGUAUCAAUACGAAGCCGAAGUCGAUAUACGAGAAUUGAUAUCGAUUGAAGAUGUAAUGGACGACGAGGAAUUGCGUCUAGGUCCUAAUGGAGGUCUGGUCUUUUGUAUGGAGUACUUGACAGAGAAUUUCGAAUGGCUCAAGGAGAAUAUGGACCCACAAGAAGACGAUUAUUACAUAAUCGACUGUCCUGGUCAGAUCGAGCUGUACACUCAUUUGGACGUGAUGAAAGUGAUUGUUGAUAAGCUAAAAUCUUGGGACUUCCGUAUUGGCGCCGUGUUCCUGAUGGACUCGCAGUUUUUGGUCGAGCGGGGAAAGUACAUUUCCGGAACGAUGGCUGCACUCAGUUGCAUGACGAAACUGGAGGUGCCGCACAUGAACAUUAUGACGAAGAUAGAUGUUUUGAGUCCAUCGGCGCGUGAAGAGAUCGACAAUUACACGGACCCAAGUUGUUAUGAAAGAGUCGAGAAUGCAACGAAAUACACGAAAAGAUACGCCAAACUCGUCGACUCCCUUUUCCGAGUAAUAGAUGACUACUCACUUGUAAAUUUCCAACCACUGGAUAGUUCUGACGAAGAGAGCAUCAACUACGCCCUUGCAAUUAUCGAUACGAUGCUUCAAUGGGGAGAAGAUCAGGACGUAAAAGUCAGGGAUGAAGAAGAAAGAGACUUUGAAAAUGAAAUGACUGAUUUGAACCUGGACGACUGA